CACCUGAACCCAGUCCACUGCACGCACUGCACGGCAUUGCAUUCCUCACCAGUCUUUGUUCGGCCUUGCUAACAGCUGCUCCCCCAACCUCGCCCGCUCUCUAUCGUGACUACCUACCUAUCUCAGGCAUCGACCUCACCGCUGUAUACUGCACUCCCUCAUAUCAAUUUCUCAUACUCUUGUCGCCGUAAAAUCACAGACGAUGGUGGCUUGCUAGAGGGGUUGAUCCAUGUGUGUCGGGCACUGCAUUUGCUGCUGCCGUUUCUGAGAAUGCCGAAUACUUCCACAUUCACUACUCAUCUGCUCGGGGUAUAGCACUUCUUGCAAUCACGCAUUCGACCUGCUGCUGGCAUAACAUCCACUCUCCAAACAUACCUUACUGUCCGGCAAUGGACGCCCAGAUCGAGAAUGCGAUCGAGAUCGCCUGGGACCCUACCUCGGACCAGGCGCUCAAAGGCCAGGCCUUCGACUUUCUGAACCAAAUUCGCACCGAUUCCCAGGCCUGGCAGGUCUGCACCUCCCUCUUUACCCGAACUCCCCGAACAUCCCCCGUUGUACGACUGGUCUGCCUCGAAAUAGUCAACAAUGCCGUUCACUCGGGGGUUCUCGACGGCGGGGGCCUCGGUUUCCUCAAGCAAUCCCUGCUCGAAUACGUUGGGCGAAUCUACAGCGGCGACGCCCAAGAUCAGGUCGACCCGGCACAUCUUCAAAAUAAACUCACACAAACCCUCACUUAUCUAUUCGUCGCUCUGUACAAGGAGGGCUGGGAGAGCUUUAUCGACGACUUCCUGGCCCUCGCCCAAAAAGAAAACAAUCUCCCCGGGGUAGUCAUGUACCUGCGUAUACUGGGCUCGAUUCAUGACGAGAUCGCCGAUCUUAUGCUAAGCCGGCCAGAUAACGAGGCUAGGCGUAACAACGACCUCAAAGAUCUGAUCCGCGAGCGGGACAUGCGGAAGAUUGCUCAGUCCUGGCAGGAUCUGCUAGCCCGGUACAGCCAUCAGAAUGACGCCGUGGUUGAGACCACGCUCAAGGUUAUUGGCAAGUGGGUGAGCUGGAUUGACAUCCACCUGGUCAUCAACCAGGAGAUGAUCAACCUGGUGUUGCCACUGGUCGGCAGGACGCAUGCGGCCGGGAGCGAGGACAAAGUCAGGGACGCGGCCGUCGACACCUUCACCGAGAUUGUGGCCAAGAAAAUGAAGCCCAGCGACAAGGCUGAGAUGAUUACGUUUCUGAACCUCCGUGAGAUUGUCACGCAGCUUCUGGCGAGUCCGCCUCUCCACGAAUGGAAGGGGACGCCGCGAUACGAUACCGACCUUGCCGAAGCCGUGGCCAAGCUGGUCAACACUCUCAUGGCUGAUGUGGUCCGCGUCCUGGAAGAUGGCAAGGUCGACAACGACACGAGGGGGAAGGCAGAACAGCUACUCCGCGAUUUCCUGCCGUCCCUCCUGCGCCUUUUCUCGGACGAGUACGACGAAGUCUGCUCGACCGUCAUCCCCUCACUCACCGACCUCCUAACCUUCCUCCGCAAGGUUGGACAGCUGCCGCCCACGUACUCCGAAAUGCUCCCACCGAUCUUGAACGCCAUCGUCUUGAAGAUGAGAUAUGAUGAGACGUCCAACUGGGGCAACGAGGACGAACAGACGGACGAGGCCGAGUUCCAGGAGCUGCGCAAAAAGCUUCAGAUCCUUCAAAAGAGUGUGGCGUCCGUCGACGAGAAUCUUUGCAUAGAAUUUUUGAGCAAUCUGGUGGCGAACAUGUUUUCUACUCUUGAACAGCAGGGAUCACAGAUGGACUGGAGGGACUUGGACCUGGCCCUACACGAGAUCUACCUCUUUGGCGAGCUGGCGCUGCCCAACGCGGGGCUGGCUCAAAAGAGCCAGCCGAACCCGCUCGCUGCCGAACGACUGGCCGUCAUGAUGGGCAAGAUGGUCGAGUCAGGCAUCGCCAACUAUCACCACCCCGCAAUCCUUCUCCAGUACAUGGAAAUCUGCACCCGGUAUUACAAUUUCUUCGAGGACCAGCAGCGCUAUAUCCCGCAGGUGCUCGAGAACUUUGUCCGUUUGGUGCACCACGACCACGUCCGGAUCCGCACGAGGUCCUGGUACCUCUUCCACCGGUUUGUAAAAACGUUGAGGGCGCAGGUCGGCAACGUGGCCAAGACAGUGAUAGAAUCCAUCAGCGACCUUUUGCCGAUCAAGGCUGAAGUCCCCGGCAACGAUGCUGACGAUGAUAUGUCUUCGGAUGAGUCUGACCACUCGGCCGAUGCCGUGUUCAACAGCCAGCUCUACCUGUAUGAAGCGAUCGGCUGCAUUUCCUCGACAUCUGCCACGCCCCCCGCCGAUCAGGGAUUGUACGCGCGGUCGGUCAUGGAACCGCUCUUCUCUGACAUGAGCGUGCACAUGGACCGUGCAAAAGCUGGAGAUCCGCAGGCCGUCCUACAGGUGCACCACAUCAUCAUGGCCCUGGGGACACUCGCCAACGGCUUUGCCGACACCCAUACCGCCCAGCCAGCCAAGCGGCCACAGCCCCACGAGGCUGUUUCUAAUGAGUUUUCGAGGGCCGCUGAAGCGAUUCUCAUCGCGCUCAACCAGCUCAACGCUAGCGACGACGUCCGCGCGGCGUGCCGGUCGGCCUUCUCGCGUCUCCUCGGCGUGCUUGGCUCUGCGGUGCUGCCGCAGUUGCCCCAGUGGAUCGAAGGGCUGUUGUCACGCAGCUCCAGCAAGGACGAGAUGGCUAUGUUCCUCCGUCUCCUGGAGCAGGUUGUGUACAACUUCAAGACCGAGAUCUACAACAUUCUCGACGUCCUUCUGACCCCGCUGCUCCAGCGAGUCUUCAGCGGCCUGUCAGAGCCCAUUAACGGGACAGACGACGAGAUACAGUUGCAGGAACUUCGGCGCGAAUACGUCUCGUUCGUCCAGGUCAUCCUCUCCAACGAGCUUGGCGGCGUCCUAGUCAGCGCGUCCAACCAGGCCACCUUUGAGUCCCUCAUCUCUUCUAUCAUCAACAUCGCAAAGACCCUGACCCACGGCAAUCUCGUCCCCAGCCGUAUCGCCUUCGGCGUCCUCAGCCGCAUGGCCUCACAGUGGGGCGGGCCGGACGUUGCCACCAUCGGCGAGAACCCAGUCACCACGGGGGCACCGACACCAGCCAUCCCAGGGUUCGACCAGUUCAUGAUCGAGCACUUCCACGGCCUGUGCUGGACGGUGCUUCAGGAUGGCGGGUUCAGACCAAACACGGACGCGCAGUCGCGCCAGAUCCUGAACGAGAUCGCCGGGAUACAGCAGGUCAUCUAUUCCAAGACGGGCGAGGCGUUCGUGAACCACCUACAAAACGUCACGUUCCCGCAAUUGGGGAUCGACGGGACCGAGUACCUGCGGGUGCUGACCACGUCGCGGGAGAAGAAGCCGGUCGCGACGUGGUUGCUGGGGUUGUUGAAGGGGAGGAGGUAGUUGCGAGGGUUAAGUAGAUACCUGCUUGUGCCCUGCCAUGCUUUGAUUAGUGGCUGGGGUGGGCAACGGGGGACGAAUGUAUUCUGUGGUUGAUUGAUAGCUGCCGAGCUUUUGAUUCUGGCGUGUAUGUACUGUCCUUUAGCAGCAUUGCCAGUCAACAACUGCGAUGCCCGGUAUAGAUGAAUAAAGUUUGGUACUUAGA